GUGAAGAUGGCGGAGGGUGAAUUGAACGUGGACAGCCUCAUCUCUCGGCUCUUGGAAGUGCGGGGAUGCCGCCCCGGGAAGAUAGUCCAGAUGUCCGAGGCAGAGGUGCGGGGCCUCUGCAUCAAAUCAAGGGAGAUCUUCCUCAGCCAGCCCAUCCUGCUGGAGCUUGAGGCGCCCCUUAAGAUCUGUGGUGAUAUCCAUGGGCAGUACACAGAUCUACUGAGGCUGUUUGAGUAUGGUGGCUUUCCUCCAGAGGCGAACUACCUUUUCCUGGGUGACUACGUGGACAGAGGUAAACAGUCCCUGGAAACCAUCUGCCUGUUGUUGGCCUACAAGAUCAAAUACCCAGAGAACUUUUUCCUGCUCAGGGGCAACCACGAGUGUGCUUCCAUCAACCGUAUCUACGGAUUCUACGAUGAGUGCAAGCGCAGAUUCAACAUUAAGUUAUGGAAGACCUUCACUGACUGCUUUAACUGCCUCCCCAUUGCUGCUAUUAUUGAUGAGAAGAUCUUCUGCUGCCAUGGAGGGCUAUCGCCUGAUUUGCAGUCAAUGGAGCAGAUCCGUAGGAUCAUGAGGCCAACAGAUGUACCUGAUACAGGCCUGCUCUGUGACCUGUUGUGGUCUGACCCAGAUAAGGAUGUACAAGGCUGGGGAGAGAAUGACCGCGGGGUCUCCUUCACCUUUGGGGCCGACGUGGUCAGCAAGUUCCUAAACCGUCAUGACCUGGACCUCAUCUGCAGAGCCCACCAGGUUGUGGAGGAUGGAUAUGAGUUCUUUGCCAAACGCCAACUGGUCACACUUUUCUCUGCUCCAAACUACUGCGGGGAGUUUGAUAACGCAGGCGGCAUGAUGAGUGUCGAUGAAUCCCUCAUGUGUUCCUUCCAGAUCUUAAAGCCCUCAGAGAAGAAGGCCAAGUACCAGUAUGGUGGUGUAAAUUCUGGUCGGCCCGUCACCCCACCCCGCACCGCUCAAGCCCCCAAGAAGAGGUGAACAUGCAGCCUUGGCUUUCCCCCUCCUCCUCACCCUGUCUGUUCCUGGUCUGCCCUCAAGGCAACCUCUGUAACUCCCCUGUAUGGCGAAGAUACAGGGCUUAUCUAAUUGCCCAAAUCUUUCUCCUCGUUCUCUCCCACUGACCCAACCCUCUCCCCAACUCCACUGACAGCUCUUUUCUUAAUGUGUAUGUGUACAUAAAUUUGCUGUGACCAAUCUGUUUAAUUUUUUUUGCCUGUUUGUUGGUAUUUUUGAUAUUAUUAACACUUUUUUUUUUGUGAAUUUACUUCCAAUGCCAUUUGAGGUUUUCUUGAGUUGUGUGAGGAAAUGGCUGCUCUAAUGUGUAGAGAGGCAAAGCGACUGAGUUAGAGGAAUUCCUUUUCAGUUUCCUCAACCAAAACAAAAUGGAUAUUUAACAUUGUUUUGCCUUGAUCUCUCAAAAGCAGAGAGAAUCCUUCCAGUGUAUUUCAAUGGGAUGAGAUUUCCAUGCAACGCUAAAUCUGUAGACGCAAAUAACAUUUCUUACAUUCCAAUUUAACAGUAUAAACAGAUUAAAGCAUUUGUGGUGCACUUGCAGUUGUUGUGCAUAUCCAUAUUUUAUAUAUAUUUAACCUUUUGAAAAAGUGCACCUCCCCGUGAGUAGCAAAGAAUGUGAACAGACCGGCUUGAAUGAAUAUAGAGGCUUAAUCAUAUGCUGCUGGUAGUGGACAUGCUCUACCUGAACACAACGCCCUCUGGACAUUGAUUGCCCCACUCAGUUAUGCCUCCCUGUGCCUCGACUCCACACCGCGCACAAAAAUAUGCCACUUCUCACACAGAGCUGAUAUUGACAUUUUCCCAGGUCUAUUUGUCAUGUGUUUUCAUCAAGAUAAUUUCCCCCAUAUAAUCCUUUUGCAGGUUGUCCAUGGGGUCUUAAAAUGUAUUAAAAGUUGAUAAAUCAAUUUAGCAAAGUUUAGGGCCCUUUAAAAAGUAUUAAAUGCCAUUUUCCAAAGUAUUAGAUUUUAUAACUUGGUUUCAAUGCAUAUCAUUUUUUUCAAUACAAGUUUCAAUGCAAUGUCCAAAGAGGUUGUAUGCUAAAGUUUACCUGAAAUUAAUCAUUGCAUAGGCACGUAUUGGGAUGCUGUGUAGUUCAUUUAUUGAAUUCUGCUAGAUUUGACGUUAUCUGAAAAAGACAACUGUUAAAACGGUUGGAACCAUGGCUGAGGCCUGUCUUUAGGAAUAACUGUGAGGUGUGCUAAGUGCUUGACACAAAGCCACUAUGGGACACUGUGUUGCACACUGUGCAACGUUCAAGUGUAUCGCUGAUGUAAUCAGUUAGUACUAGAAGAUGCCUCGCUUAGAAAUCGCGAUGAAGGCUUAAAAUCUAUGUGAAGGGUCUUCAAAAAAGGUCUUAGAUGGUAUUUAAUUUAAGUUCAGGAUUCCUGCAUAUACCCUGUCUUUAUUCAUAAAGACAGUAGAAGAAGCCAAGAUUUGUAUGAAUUUGUGCCUGUGGAAAGUUAAAUCCAUGCAUUGGCAUUUCACUAAUUUACAUGAGACAGUUACUAAUGAUCAGUAUUAUAAAUGCAGACAUACUGGAUAAAUGGUAUGUAAGUGCUAACAAAAACUGUGCUUUGGUAAUUGGGCCUUUGUGUGAAAAAGCAGGUAGGGAUAUGGAAGUGUGUAAUAGCACUGACUAUUGUUUUGUAAGUGUCUAACUUAUCUAAGUAAGCCCUUACAGCAUUACAGCAUACAAAAAAACAACCAGGAAUGCAAAGCAAGCUUCACAAAAUGCUCCACAAUAUUUUAAUGCUUACUGCAGUGUGUGUGUGUGUGUGUGUGUGUGUGUGUGUGUGUGUGUGUGUGUGUGUGUGUGUG